AUGACGUCUGAUCGCAGGAUACCGCUCUUUCUUGCGGGACUGCUGCUGCUGUCGUUCACUUGCGGUCGGGUGGAGGCUCAGGCGUCCGGAUCCGAAGGUAUUCAGUAUCCGAAGGGACUGAUGCUGUUAGGCUUCACUUGCGGUCAGGCGUUUGCCGGUCGCGGCGCGCCCCCUGAUUCCGGGGAGAUUCAGCUGUCCUUUGGGAGCCUGCAUACGGAAAGCCUUUCCACCAGCCGAAAGCUCCUACGUAUACAGUCCCCGUUACCCAUAACCGGGCCCGCCCGAACCGCGCUGGUUAAUAUCUUCAACAACUGCUCUUCGCCAGUUGGAAUCACUUUAGCGAGCAAUACGACCAACGGCGACUUCUGGCGCAUCUUCCAGCCCAAUGGAGGCCCCCUCGCGCCCUCGCCCGCGACGUUCAACAUAGCGCCCGGCGGCGCGCAGAACAACCUGCUGCUGAUCAACACUUCGCCGUUCCCUUCGAGGAACCCGCGCGUGGGGGGCAUUCUCGCAACCCCCGUUCCGCCCACGCUCGUUCCGCCCAGUCCGCCCGGCGUGGACGGACUCCUCAUUAGCAGCACCACCGACCCGUUUGCGGCAAGCACCGUCACCCUCCCGGGCGCGCCCGGGUUUUUCACAUUCGCCGCGGCGCAGAGCGCCAAUGCCAGUGUAACCGCGGCCCCGGUUGUCAUCGCUGUGACGAUCUUUUGCCCCCGCUUACUGCCCGGGACGACCCCCCCGGUCACGACUCCGCCGGUUGGGGGGGUGGUGACUCCACCUUUCAACACCCCCCCGGUCACGAUUCCCCCGGUCACAACUGCCCCGGUCACAACUGCCCCGGCCACCACUGCCCCUGUAACAACCGCCCCGGUCACAAUUGCCCUGGCUACGACUGCCCCGGCAACCACUGCCCCGGUCACAACUGCGCCUGCGCCCGGUCCGGGCCCUUCAAGUUCUCCCCCACCGUCUUCAACCGCCCGAGUGACAAUCACCAAUGCGUGUUCGACGCCCGUGAAAAUUUUCCUGGCCAGCAAUCAAACCAACAACGACUUCUGGCGGCUUUACAACCCGGCUACCGAUACGGCGACUGCGGAAGUUCCGUCUCCGUUUGACAUUCCGGUCGGCGGAUCGCAGGCAAACCUGCUCCUGGUCAAUACUGACCGUACGAGACCACUCUCUACGCGCCGCGGUUACAUCGGUGCGAAAGCCGCCGUCGGCCCUCUGAUCGGCUCAACCAGUUCCACCGCCGGGCUAGAUUUUAUCGCCAUCCGGCUCGACUCACCCACUGGCAUCUCCUCUCCGUUCGGACCCAAGCGGAUCAUCUUUACUUCAACAAGCAGAUCCACCCUUACUGUUGCUCCCGCGGAAAUCGCAGUGACGGUUUCCUGCGUUGCGUAG